AUAAGUGGAACUGAGGACAAUACGUAAGUUGGUUAUUGGGAUCAUACUGACUUGCCAGAAAGAACCGUUAACAUUUGUAUCGGAUAGAAUUGCUGAUAAUAGUCACACACCGAAGUAAUUGAUAAGAACAUUAAUCUUGUGAUCUUGUCAGUAGUCGAUCUUAUAAAUUCAGUCAAUAUCUAAAACCUACAAAUUGUUCUUCGGUGCUUCUUUCGCCAGCUGUGACUGAUCGAUCGGAAACUUACUAUUAGAUCGUUUUUCUCUCGUUCGCGUACUUCUCUCUGCUAUAAUAAUGAAUGACAACAGCGAUGCGUUUACAAUUAAAAAUGUUGUACUCCGUGAUAUCGAGUCGGUUCUGCGUCAAAGGAUCGGGGAUCAUAUGAUCAUCGAGGAUUAUACCAGCAAAUCAUUAUUACCCCCUGGAGAAAAUUACGGAAGUUCGAUUUUUAGCGUCGAUGUUGAAUUGAAGGAUAAAAAUACUGGAAAGAAGGAAGCUCUUCAUCUUAUUGCAAAGAUGUGUCCACCAACGGAAUAUCAGAGAGAAAUUUUCAAUAGUUCUCGUACAUUUAUGAAAGAAAUCUUUAUGUACGAGACUAUUUUACCAGCUUAUAACAAGUUGGAAGUGGAGUGUGGAUUGAGAAAGAACGAGGUGUUCGAGAUUUUGCCAAAAUUUUAUGGAUCUAGAUUGUCUCUACAACCGGAUAAAGAAUUCGAUGACGAUGCUGUUAUCCUUAUGGAGAAUUUGAAAAUUGAGGGUUACUACACAGGCGAUCGAUCUAUAGGUUACGACUUAGAGCACGCAGAGGAAGCAGUCAAGGCUUUGGCUAGAUUUCAUGCUUUAGGAAUAGCUAUGAAAGAGAAAAGACCUGGUAUUUUUGAGGUGUUCAAGAUGUACGCAAGACCUUUACAACAUUCACAGGACAACGCGGAUAAUAUGUUUGCGUUGGUACUCGAUCAAAUAAAGAAUGACCCGGAAACAAGUCCUUAUUACGAGAAAUGUAGGAAAAUUUUAACACAGUUGAAAAUGGAAGAUCUUUGGAUUGACGCUCUUCGAGAACCAUGGACGACCAUCAUUCAUUCUGAUUUCUGGGUGAACAAUGUGAUGUUCCAUUGUAGCGAAAAAGGGAAAAUCGAUGGCGUAAAAUUCGUCGAUUUCCAAAUAUACCUUUACGGAAGUCCUGUGCGUGAUCUGCUGUUUUUCCUUUACUCUAGCGUAAAGAACGAUACAACGGAGGAGCAAAUCGAUGAUCUGUUGGAUCUGUAUUACGAAACUUUCAUAAACACGCUAAGUAAAAUGGGAUGCAAUACGAGUCUGUAUACCAAGGAAGGAUUUCAAGAGAAAUUGGUCGAGGAUGCCGAACGUGAAUUCAUCCAUGUAAGCUGGAUGAUAAAGGUGCUCACAUUGGAUACGAAAGAAAUAGAGAAUUUUGACGUAGAUAAAAUGCAGUCUGUACUUACGGGACAAGCGGGAAAUCAAUUAUUUAAAGACCGACUACGGAAACUCGUGCUCGCCUUUGUUAAACGUAAUUGGAUAUAAAAAAAUUAUUACGAGGGUGGAUCUUUCCAUACCUAUAAAGUGACAUCGUAUAUAUGUACCUACGUAAUCAUAGCAUAUUAUUUUUUAAAUGAUCGUAUCCGAUUUUUCCAUAUAUCACAAUCACAGAUAUAUCACAUCAAUAAGAAUUAUAUUCUCAAUGACUAAUCCAAUCCAUAUCUGUAAUCUGCAACGAAAUAUAAUCAGUUCAAUUAAAUAAAAUUCAAUAAAGUAAAUCAACGAUAUAAUAUCGAGUCUAAAUGACAGGUGACAAUAGGAAAGAAUUUGGUCGAAAAACAGAUAACAUUUAAAGAUAAACUAAAUCAAUGAUAAAGGAUGGACUCAUAAAUAAACAUUUGAUUUUUGGA